AUGAAAAGAGCUUCCGGAGCUCGAAAUCGAGCCCAAUUCGACAGAUUCCUCAGAGAUCUAUUCUUUUGCCCGUCAUGCACGACAUGGCGCACGACGAAACCACAACCGAGCUCAUUCUCCAGACUAGCACGUCCCACCACCAGCAUCACACGCAGAUGCGCUUCCACGUUGAGUUCCACAACCGCGGUCAAUGCCACGAAGAAUAUACCUACGAGAUACAAAGACCUAUAUGGAGCCCUUGGAGAAGUAAGCAGGAAAGCCUCGGCACAAGUCAACAUAAGUAGACUGCAACUAGCACUACAAGGAUUGGAAUCACAAACGCCAACCACGAGGGUAGCGGUUCUGGGGCUUAAUGUUCAACAAACGGCACGAAGAUUGGUGCGUCUUCUCUUAGCCGAUGCGCUAGUUGAUGAAGAGCCGUGGGAGAAGGAAUUAUUAAAGAGUGAAGAAGACACAAGUCAGGGACUAUUGAUACGCUUUGGUCGGUCCUUGAAUUCCAGCUUGCCUAAGCCUCGAACAACCAUACCAGUCCUUCAUGUCCCGUCCAACAUACUCGAAAGGAACAACAUUGAGAUUUUGGUCGCAUCGGUCAGUUCUUUGAGGAAUGGAGAGCUGCUGCAAGGACUCCCAACCGUUACUUCGGACGUAUUCCUCUCGCCGUCGAUUGGUACCCCGACCGCGGCAAAUGGCCGACAGACCACGAUCAGCCAACCUGUACACAGUAGUAUACUUGUGGCGCGGGGCCUCGAUGAAUUGAUUCUUGCCACCGAAUUGCUCGCGUCCACCAAUUUCGUUACCAAGGAAGAUCGUGAGGCCAUCAGAUUGAUUGUGAAUCUUGAGAAUCUCAAGCAGCGAGCACCAGGCAAUAUUCUCAUAGUGGAUGCUGCCCAAGCUGAGGAUGGUCUCCAAGCUUUCCGUAGAUCUGUCACCGAAGCCAGAUCGUACGAGCACAAAUGGGUGGACUCGGGCCUCCCAGGACUAUCGGAUUGGUUGAACCAAUCAUCUGCCGCACAAUCGACAACGAAGCUACCGUCGCCAUUGAAAAAUCUUGUAUCGUCAAUUCUCUCCACCGCGACUCGCAACCUGCAGGCUGAGGUGGCACUCGAAAGUCGAUCCAGCAAGUCAAGAAGUUUGAGUGUUGCCACACAAGCUCAGCUGGAGGAGUCCAUUGAGGAAUUUUCUCGUCAUGCCCAUCAAGAGUUGCAGUCUGGAUUGGCAUCAGCAUGGAGUUCACGGAACUGGAGGAAAUUGGCAUGGUACAAGCUAUUUUGGCGAGUGGAUGAUGUGGGAUUGAUUAUAACAGAUCUGGUAACCAAUGCAUGGUUACCACGCACAGAACGUGCAGUCUACGAGUUGUCUGGCCGUCUGUCACAAGCAGGCAUAUCACCUACGGACGUUGCUGCAGAUUUGCCAAGAGCAGAUGGUCUGGAGAUAUCUACACCUAGAACCUCCAGCAUUGUCGAACCAACACCCAUUCUGCAAGCACAAUCGAGCCUGGCAACAGAUCCUCCGGUCGAGCCAGUCAUUAUCAAUACCGAUGGGAUGGCCGAGCUCAAGUUGGCUCCAAUUGCAGCACCAACUCCGCUAUCAUCAUCCAUUUCCCGCAUUCGCGCCGAACAAAUGGAACAAGCCAUCAUAGGGCUCACCAGCACCGCACAGCAGAUUGUUCUGAAGACUCUAUCUCUAUCAGGAAUGUCUGCAGGCUUAUCCGCACUCACUUAUGCAUCGCUGUCGACCGGCGGUAUCUAUGAAGCGGGAACGAUCGUGGCACUAGGCACCAUAUAUGCUCUGUGGCGCAUGCAGGGAGACUGGCAUAAAGCGACCAAGGCCCUAGAAGAUGAUCUUCUGGAUGAAGGCAGAACGGUGAUCCAGCGAAUUGUCGGACGGAUGCACCAGUUGGUAGAGGAUGGCGGGCGCUUUGUCGCCGACCCGGUCGAGGUCCAGACUCGACGAGCGGCGGAGCAAGCCGUGGCCAAGGCUCGGGACGAGUUGAGUAAGCUUGAGAAAUAG